AUAAAAAAUAAAUCCUUUUUUAAUGUUAAUUGAGAUAAAGGAUUGAACCUACGUUCCAUAUUGAUCUUUUUAGAAAGUAAAUUGUCACCUUUGACUUUUAGAUCUAUUAUUGAAAUCUUAAUUAAAUAAUUGAAAUUGUAAAUUUAACCAAUUGCCAUUUUGAUAUUGAUUUUUUUUAUUUUAUAAAUAACUGGAAAUGUUUGAGCAGCCACCUCAGGCUCCAAGACAGAAAAUCCCUAAAGAUGGGCCCGGUCCUAGGGGCGUGCCGGACUGUUACUAUACGUCUCGCGUGUUGAACUCUACGUUCCGUUACGUGAAGUUCGUGAAGAAACUUCGCGCCGAAGAAGAGGAACAACGCAAAGGAGCUGCAAACAAACUAAAAGAGCUCAAGGAUCAGCAAUACAGUGAUUUUUUCAUACGCUGCGAUCGGAGAUCUCUUAUCAACAAUGUGGCGCGUCGCGUCGACCUCUGCAUGGCUUCAUAUCAAGAAGAUCUCAAACGGAAACAAAAACGAUUAUUAGAUCUCCUGUCCGCAGAAGAAGAGGCAAAUAUCCGCAAGUUUGUGGAACAAGCGCAGGCGGGCGCGGAAGCGAUCUGGCAAGAAAAACAGAACCGUCUUAAAUACUUGCUCGAGAAACGCAAGAAAGAACACGAGGAGAAAUAUAAAGAUACCCCACUUUCGAAAUGCGUGCACGUGCUGCCCUCUAUCUUCAAGCUGCGCGCCAAAGAAGCUGAGCAGAUACAACUGUACCAAAUGAGGGAGAAGCAAGCAAUGAAAAUGGCGGAGAGAGAAUUCGACAAGAUGUGGCACGAGGUCGCCAUGAAGGAAGCUGACGCUCUGGCGGCUCGAAUGGAACAAGAUGCAAUCGAGCGGUACCGUCGCGACAGAGAAUGCAAGGAGUAUACUGACCAUCAACUGGAACAGAGACGGCAGCAGAGAGAGAAGGAGAAGGAGAUAUUGAAACAGGAGACGCUGAGGAUGAAGGCCAUGUGGGAGGCUGAUAUGAAGAAAGAGGAAGAAGCUGAACGCGAGCGCGCCGAGAAACGCAAAGAGACAGCCUUCGAACGUAGACAGAUGAUUGCGGAGCGUCAGGAAUCGCUCGCCAAGCAAGCGGCGGAGAUGAAAUUCAUCACGGAGGCGUGGGACUCUCUCGCGGGACAGGGCCGCGCCGAUGAACUGGCCAAAAUAGAGUUACGCAAGCAGAAAGAGCGAGAACUAGACGAAUGUAAUCGCAAAAUGGCGGAAUUAAAACACGAAAUGGCGAGAAUGGAGACAGCGGACGAUCAUAUGUUCGAGCAGGAAGCUCGCAGGAUACAAGAGCACGUUGACAAGAAACGUUGCGAAUAUCUCGCGUGGGCGCAGAAGACUAAUAAGGACGUACGCAAAGCAAUGAUAGACCAAAUCAAAGAUAGGCAAGAGGCUCGCGAGACCCUCAGAAAGAAGAUAGAGGAGCAAGACGAGUACCAUAGACAGCUUUUCACUCAACUACAACAGCUGGUCGACCAUAAAGAAGUGGUGGAUGCACAGGCACGGAAGACUCAUCAGAGGGAACUGUUGGAUCAGAUCGAGUAUAACAAGACUUUGAAGGAACGGGCAAAACAAGAGGAAUUGAAUCAAAUAAGGAAAUGUCAGGUAGCCACAGAGGAAUACCAGCGAGAUAUCAACAAGAUGCUGUGCCGGCCAUUCUUUAGCGAGGAAAUACAUCCAUUCAUGAAACAGAUGGCCAAAGGUCUCCAGAUGAAAGAGAAGUGUCCUUGCUCUAAGCCGGACUAUUGCGGAACUGAGUAA